GAUGAACUGCCCCUUGAUGCCGUACGCCUCCAGCGCAAAGUCGUCCCCAACGUGCAACCCAAUCGUCCCUCCGCACGGCGAAGCCCGCUUCUCUAGGUCCGAGGCUGGCUUUCCCUGCUUGAGCGGGCCGCCGCAGGUGCACAAGAACGACCACACAUGCUCCUCCUCCAACGCCCCGGACUCGUGUGUGCUAUGGAACGUCAUGUCCUGCGAUCCCGCUUCGUCGAGCGUCAGCCCCAUCGCACGCAACAGGUGCAUCACGCUCUCCCCGCGCUCCUUAUGCUUAAUGUUCGGCUGCGCGACGAUCGAGUACCCCGCGCGGAACGCCAUCCGCUCACGCCUCCCCUCCGCCUUCCCGCGCUCGAACGCGACGAUGCAAUGCCGCAGGGCCGCCAGAAACUGCUCCUGCGUCGUGUACGCCGUGCCGCCUUGCUGCUCGAUCAGCCGCACUUUGAGGUAGUCGUUGCGGUCUAUCACGAGUGCGAACGCGGUGUCGCCCG